GUGAGAUUUCUUCUACACUCGAGUCCACCGAAAUGACUCCUGCGUCUGAACCGACAGAGACUACCCCUGACUCUUUGUCAAUCUAUGGGUUUACCGCCGUCCCUGCGUCCGCAUCUUCUUUACUCUCCUCAGUUACGACCUCGACUCCCGCGCCCUUUAUUCCUGUUUCGGAGACCCCGGUCCCGGACACCGUGCUCUCAGAGCGUAUCAAGAGAUAUGCGCAAUCCUGCCUCCCGGUACCCACCUACCACCAUUCUCUUCGUGUUUACCAUUACGGGCUUGCGAUAAAGAAGUACCUGUUUUCUUCUUGGAAAUUCAGUGACGAAACCUAUUUCCUUACAUGUGUACUGCAUGAUAUUGGUUCCACGGAAGAAAACAUGACCAAAACAAAAUUAAGUUUCGAAUACUACGGCGGUUUGCUGGCACUGAACGUCUUACAAGAGAGCCCGGAUACCUCGGCACCGGGGGCGACUGCCUCUCGUGAUCUCGCGGAGAGUGUUGCUGAAGCUAUUAUUCGACAUCAAGACUUUCGUGAUCAAGGGAAAACCACGGCCGUAGGGCAACUGUUGCAGUUGGCCACUGCCCUGGAUAAUGUUGGUGCUCAUGCCGCACUUGUUCAUCCAAUGACCAUUGAAGACAUCUCCGGGCAUUAUCCAAGACAGCAGUGGAGCCACUGCUUUUCUGCUACUCUCCGCAAGGAGAUAGAGUUGAAACCAUGGUCCCAUAGUACUGUCUUGGGGGAGGAGGCUCCAGCCAGGGUGCUCAGCAACAAGCUUAUGGCGCCGUUCGAGUAAGCCUAAGCACAUCUCACGAUAGAAAGAUAAUUUCCAUCGGAGUUCUGAUCGUUUCCUUCAAAAAUUUGAACCUGGUAAUAUACAAUUGAACGAGAUUACUAGGCUACUCGAGAGGGUUGAGUGCAGGGCUGUUGAGGAUACUGAAUACAGACUUGAAGAUUACAUAAACGCAUUCGAGAGGUUGCAAGGUGGUCAUCUUACAGGAAAGGUUGUGUUAAAUUUGUGAAGAAGUUGGACGAAAUCAGACUGUCUAAGGUUGUCAAAUAAAACAAAACCGUGUCAAGCCCAGCCCAUGACUUGAGUCGAGGCCUCGUCAAGCCAAAGUCUCGAGUGAAGUUUUAAGCUGCAUUCAAGUAUCCUUACGGGAUUGGAAGCAGUGUUUGAUUUGUACACUCGUGACUAUAUUACCUAAUUCAAGAGCAUUGGAAGAAUAUAUUCCGGUUAUUCCUUCACUCCGUACCCUUGCUUUACAACAUGUACCGGAACAGAGGGGACUUAUCGCCGAGCGAAUCAGGGUCACUCGGAUACUCCGAAGGAUCGAUCUGAUCGCGCUUCUUGUUAACCCGCUGAUACGAGAGUCGCAGGACGACAACUGCG